GGUGAUAUUCAUGGACGCACGAAUCAAACUCUCUCAUUUGGAGCGCAGCCUCAGCAGCCCUGCAGUCCGCGUGCCCGUCUCGUUCUGGCACAAACCAAAACAGAGGGACUAACGUUGGCUUUAAUUACACUUUUAAAUCGGCGAUCGGAGCAGUGAGGGCGAUUCUUUCCACACUUCUGGAGUGAUCAUCUCUCUCUGAAGAUAUAUUUUAAAGUCUGGCAUUAUGAAGAGGUAUCCGGUAUUCUUUCAUCCUUGGGAAAGGAUGCCCCCCUUUUGAGCUCCAGCUGACUUAUCAAUUUGAAUAUUAUUUCUCGUUUGAUAAAUUUAUUUGAUCUUUCAAAACUUUUUGAUUAUUUAAACAAAAACAAUGGGCCAUGCAGGAUUUGCUGUCUUCGUGGUUGUCGCUGUUGCGCUCUUGAGCCUUGGCGGCGCUCACAAGGAGACGACAGGUGAGAGGGAAGAGGGCGCCCAAACGGGGCAGCAGUCCCCGGGGAUCAGUCAAGGUCACCCGUUCUCAUCCACUGGACAUUCACCGGGGUCCGAGAGCCCGCUCCUCUCUCCCAGAGCAGCAUCACCUCAGGAUGGACACAGAUCCAAAACUCCCCGGGAAGCGCUCGACUCUGCGCCGAGAGAUGACACACAGCGCGCCGUCAGACACCCGCAGAGCCAGCAGCAGAGGACCAGAGUCAACCGCAGGCAGAGCAGCAAGAUCAGCUCUGCCAACAGGCGACUCGUAGGGCCUAAUGUUUGUGGCGGACAGCAGUGCUGCUCUGGUUGGGCAGUGGCUCCAGGAACCAACCGCUGCAUAAAACCUGACUGCCAGCCCCCCUGCCAGAACCGUGGCUCGUGCAGCCGGCCACAUACAUGUGUGUGUCGCUCAGGGUUUCAGGGCCCCCGCUGUGAAGAUGUUGUCCCAGAGCAAGUGUACAUUCGAGAAAGAGGCACCCUGAGGCGCAUUGAACCUGGAAACAACCCCUUCCAGAGAGACAGACCGCAGAGACGGCCAUCAGAGAGGGAUGGCACCGAUGCUACCAAGGCGCAGACUCCACGACCUUCAGCCUCCAAACUGUCUGUCCACUCUGGAAGCCAAACGAGGCGGGACCCUCUGGACUCUUCACCUCAACACUCAGGGACCUCCCGUACUGUCAAGCGUUAUCCAUCAUCUUCUGGGCCUAUAACUUCCAAUGCUCUACCCAGUACUAAUGGCAAUGCUCACAGUGUUGAUCCCAGCUGGUACAAUCACAGGAACGGACAUAGCAACACACCAUCUGGACCUUCUUCUGGCUCUCACAGGCAAACCAACAACCGACAGCUACAAGGACAGUUCAACAACGUGUUGGUGCCAGCAGGUGCCAACCUCACCUCGAACCUGGACCGUAUCAAGAUUGUCUUCACACCCAUGAUGUGCAACAGGGUGUGCAAUGCCGGACGCUGCUACAACAACUGUGAGAAGGGAGACAUUACCACUGUGUACAGUGAAGCUUCGCAGCAGCAACAGCAGCAGCAACCGUCAAAGAGCCAGGGCUUCAGACUCUUCUUCUGUCAAAUCCCCUGUCUGAAUGGAGGCCGGUGCAUCGGUAGAGACUUGUGCUGGUGUCCCUCAAACUCAACAGGGAAGUUUUGUCACCUAGCAGCUCCUCCUCCUGCCAGACCCACUCCUCACAGUCGCACACUCACCGCCCGCCAUGGAGCAAAAUCCCCCUCCCAGUCCAUGUACACCCUUCCAUUAUCUAAUCAGCAAGUGUCUCUACACCCAUCCUUGGUGAACGUUCACAUUCAGCACCCGCCAGAGGCCGAGGUCCAGGUUCACCAAGUAGCUCGAGUCCAGCCGGGGCAGAGGCUGGCCAACACAGAGGGAGUUCAUUCUGUCCAGCAGCGCUCACAGCCCGGAAAUGGACACGAACACCCCAGUGAACAUGGCAGCAGACAGUUUCCCUCCAGAGGGCAUGAAAAUGGCCACGCUAGAACACACAGCCGGCAGAAUGAAAUUGUUGGGAGAUGCUUUCAGGAGACGGUUGAUGGACAGUGUGGCAAGCCCCUGCCAGGCCUGACCAAACAGGAUGAUUGCUGUGGAAGCAUUGGUGCCUCGUGGGGUUUAAAUAAGUGCCAAAAAUGUCCAACCAAACCAGCUUAUGCAGUAAUUGCAAACGGACAAGUUCAGUGUCCUAAAGGCUUUAAAAGGAUGAAUGCCACACACUGUCAAGACAUCAAUGAGUGUCUGCUGCCUGGAAUUUGCAAAAAUGCUGACUGUGUCAACACCAAAGGAAGCUACAGGUGCACAUGUAAACCCGGAUACAUGUUAGAUGCUGCAAGGAGCCAUUGUGUCUCGGACAAGGCUGUCUCUGAAGAGAGGGCAUCGUGCUAUAGGUCGGUUUCUUCCGGUUUCUGCUCUCUGCCACUAGCCAACCAUCUCACCAAGCAAAUUUGCUGCUGCAGCCGUGUGGGAAAGGCCUGGGGUCAUGGCUGUGAUCGUUGUCCCUUGCCAGGUUCAGACCACUUCAAGGAGAUCUGCCCAGCCGGACAUGGAUACACAUACUCACGCUCAGAUGUGCAGAUUUCAGUCCGGCAGCUCGAGGAUGAUGAGCUGCAGAGCACAGGAGUAUCUCUUGAGGAGCAGUAUCCUCAGUUUCCAUCGUCUCAGCCCUCGCUGCUCUUCCCCAGCGAGCCGCAACACCCCAGUUACCCUCAGACACCACAAGUGCCCCAGUACCCUGAUUACCACAACAUGCCACAAAUACCUCAUCACCCUUUGAGCCCGCAACAUCCAUCAUAUUCAGAGAAUGAAGAAGCUGAGCGGACAGAGGGUAAAAGUGAAGAAUUUCUCCUCCCAUCAGCUGUUGUGACUGACUCUCCAUUGAAGCACCCAGGUAUCAACAAGUGCAGUUCUAUACCCUCUAUAUGCGGCCGUGGAAAAUGCAUUUCUGUGCAGACUGGCUACACUUGCUUGUGUGACCCUGGAUUUAAGCUCAGUGCCUUGCAGACCAAUUGCAUUGAUGUAAAUGAGUGUGAUGAAGACCCAUGUGAAGGGAAGGGUCACUGCAUAAACAGCUAUGGCUCCUACACAUGCCAGUGCCACAGUGGUUACAGCCAGGUGAUCACACAGAACAGGAAGUUCUGUCAAGACAUUAACGAGUGCAGCAUGCCCAACAAAUGCCAGAAUGGAAAUUGCGUCAACACAGAAGGAUCUUACACCUGUGAAUGCAACAGUGGUUUUGCCAAAUCUUGGAGAGACCAAUGCGAAGAUUUAGAUGAGUGCAAGGAUCCCAGCUCGUGUCCCAGUGGAAUCUGCAUCAACACACUGGGCUCCUUCCAGUGCCAGGCAUGCAGCCCUGGGCUUAGACUCAUCAAUGAAAGAUGUGUGGAUGUAAACGAAUGCUUGAACCAGACAGUGUGCGGGCGGGGUAGGUGUGUCAACACACAGGGCUCCUAUCGGUGCAACUGUUUUCAUGGCUACAAACUCUCACCAGACAACGUUUGUCAAGAUGUGGAGGAAUGUGUACUGCCGGAAGUUUGCAACCACGGCCUUUGUGUCAAUCUGGACGGUACCCAUGAAUGCACCUGUAACCAUGGUUACCAAGUCACCCCAGACAGAAAAUCCUGUGAAGAUGUCAACGAGUGCGCAACUGGUAAUGCCUGCCCUGUGGGAAUUUGCAUCAACACAGCAGGUUCCUACACUUGCCAGAACUGCAGACCCGGAUUUGGACCAUCUGCUGACGGACUUAGAUGUGAAGAUAUUGAUGAAUGUGCCCGGGGUGACAUGUGUCUGGGUGGGGUGUGUGCCAACACAGAAGGAUCCUUCAUUUGCACCAGAUGUACGGCUGGCUACAGAGUGUCUCUGGACCAGCAGAGCUGUGAAGACAUCGAUGAGUGCCAGUCCAUUUCUACAUGCGCCAAUGGAAUCUGCCUAAACUCUGAGGGCUCGUACUCCUGUGAGCACUGCCCCGCUGGGUACAGAGUUUCGCAUGACGGGGAAUUCUGCAAAGAUAUUGACGAAUGUGCGCUUCCCACUACAUGCCCCAAAGGGACUUGUACAAACACCGAGGGUUCGUACAUGUGUGUCGUCUGUCAGCCUGGUUUCAGAGUCUCUGAGGAUGGACAGCAAUGCAAUGAUGUGAAUGAGUGCCUGGGGUCCAGCGUGUGUCCAGGCCAGAUGUGCUUGAACACCCAAGGAUCCUACACCUGCCGGAGCUGUCAAACUGGCUUUCAGCCGUCUGAAGAUGGCCACACUUGUCAAGACAUAAACGAGUGCCAAACUCCAGACGUUUGCCCAACAGGUGUCUGUACCAACACAGAAGGCUCCUUUUCCUGCAUGACCUGUGCUCCGGGCUUCACAGUGGCACCCAAUGGCCUCUCAUGUGAAGAUGUGGACGAAUGCAACAACGACAACGUAUGCGUACGGGGACAGUGCAUCAACACUUAUGGCUCUUUCCUGUGCUUGUGUGAGGCUGGCUUUAAAUUUAGUGUUGAUACAGCUGACUGUGAUGACCAGGAUGAGUGCAAGGAGUUUGGAAGCUCAGUAUGUGGCGCAUGGCGCUGUCAGAAUACCAUAGGCUCCUACAGUUGUCAGUCAGGCAUUCUUGAGGAAGAUUGGGAUAAGUGCGACAGUGAAAUCAACUGUGGGGAACACGGCUUCUGCGAGAACACAAACAGCUCCUUCCAUUGCAACUGUGACAAAGGAUACACCAACCCAGCCGGGGAUGUGACACAAUGUGUUGAUGUGAAUGAGUGUGAGACGAGCUCGGCUCUGUGUGGGGAGGCCCUGUGUGAGAACUACGAUGGAAGCUUCCUGUGCAUCUGCCCCAACGACAAUGAGGAAUUUGAUCCCAUCACCAACCGGUGCCGCUCCAUGGCUAUGAUUGACCCCGAACACAUUUAUCCAGUCAUCCCCUUCACCGACGAGAGGAAGGAGUGUUACUAUAACUUGAAUGACGCAAACUAUUGCAACAACGUCUUGUCUCGCAACACCACUAAGCAGGAGUGCUGCUGCACCGCGGGGGCAGGUUGGGGAGACAACUGUGAGAUCCACACCUGCCCUCUCCCAGGAAAAGACGAUUAUAACCAGCUGUGUCCUCACGGAAGUGGAAUUUUACCGUUGUCGGAUUCAUUGAGGCAAAGUCAUGGAGAUGGCCUGCCUUACAUAGAUGCCGAUGAAUGUGAGAUGUUCGGAUCAGAGAUCUGUAAGAACGGACAGUGUUCAAAUAUCUUCUCUACAUACACCUGCUUCUGUCGUUCUGGCUACUACUAUGACAACAUCCGGUUUGAGUGUGUAGACUUUGAUGAGUGUCAGUUUGGGAAUACCUGUGAGAAUGGCGCAUGUGUGAACACGGCUGGAUCUUUCAACUGUUUCUGCAGUCCUCCGUUGGUCCUGGAUGACUCGCAGCGCCACUGCAUCAGUCUCAACAGUACAGAAGAAACGAUUGAAUAUGGUCAAGAUGUGCAUGAGGAUAUUUGCUGGCAGCGACUGGAGGGGGACAACAUGUGUGCAGACCCUCACUCGGAGCGCAGAACUACCUUCACUGAGUGUUGCUGUCUGCAUGGCGUUGCCUGGAGCGGUCAGUGUGCCUUUUGCCCCUCGAAAGAUUCUGCUGACUAUGCAACAAUGUGCAACUUGCCCUGGGAAGGAGGCUCAGAUAGUCUUCGUGAUCAAAUAGGAGUUGAGUAUGGUCCUGAGGGCCCUCCAUACUGGGGUAACUACGGUGGCCCUGCAGGAACAUAUGAAAAUUCUGAGAGCGUCCCCCUGUUUAAUGAUCAUGACUACAACGUUCAGCAGCCACCUGUUCGUGUCCCCGUUGUGCGACCGGGGAGUCACCCACAUCCAGUGAAUCCCUACAGUGUGCAACACAAUGCCUUUGAGGGUCUGCAAGCGGAGGAAUGUGGGAUCUUAAAUGGGUGUGAAAAUGGUCGCUGCGUACGUGUGCAGGAGGGCUACACCUGUGACUGCUUUGACGGCUACGAACUUGACUUAAGCAAGAUGGCCUGUGUUGACAUAAAUGAAUGCGAGGACAUCAGUGACAAGGUUCCUUUGUGUCACAACGGGCAGUGCACCAACACUGAGGGAUCCUACAAAUGCACCUGUUUUGCGGGUUUUGUGGCUUCAGCAAAGCCGCACACGUGCAUCCCAACAAUCCCAGAUCCAAAGACGAGGGACUCUGAAAACUGAGAGAGAGACUUCUCCUCGAAGAUCCUCCACCCACCCCCUUUGGCACUAAACCUGCAACAGCACCGCUAAAACGUCCAAGAAUAUAUAUAUUUUUUAACAUAAUACACACAACUGCUCUUUAUUCACAUUCAAGAAGUCUAGGAGGUGUGCAAUGAAUGUAUUACAUAGCUUUGAGUACACACUAGCUUUCUGUUUGCCUUAGAGGGAUUUCACAAACUGAUCUCUUAUAUUCAGUAAACUCUUGACAAUUUCAUAGGCAGAUUUUCUCCCAUCUCUGUUUACUACUUUUUGUAAAAUGACAUUAUUUAUUUCAUUGAAACGACAGGCCCCUGUACAUUAAGAAAAUAUUUCAGAGGGCAAACGUAGUCAUUUUUGUUUUUCUUGUAACCAUUUGACCAGAGAGCAUAUGUGGAAAGAGAUUACAUGUACUUUUAUCACAGAAAGAUAAUGGAAAAACAAAACUAGCCAUGUGUUUUAUCCACAGAAUUUUCCAUAAACCUGCUGAUUUUGAACUUUCAAGAUGAGGAAAUUAUCAACCAAAAUUAAAACAGUGAGUUUCACAAAAAUAUUUCAAUUACAAGCUUCAGCGUGUGCAAAUUCAAAAGGAGACUGUUAAUGUAUUUUAUGUUGUAGUUAUACCAUGGUCCGAGUGAAUACUCGAUUCUGAUUGGCUGCUGGGUGUGCAUUAAAAAAUGAUAAUCCACAGUGAUGUUGCACAACCAAAAAAGAAGUUCCGGUUACAUAGCUUAAAUGCUCUAUAUCACUGCACUGGCUUCUUUAAAACAAACUUUUGAUUCAUCUGGACAAAAACAAUCCUUUAUUUAACCCGUAUAACUUUUCUUUGCCGCUGCAAUUGAGGUCAGUGCCGGCUCAGGCGGUUAAGUGGCGCGUUGUCAUGUUACAGUGACAACACUCCGCACCAUGUAACAAAUAGUCAGCUUUUUGUGAAAAAAAGCUAUCUAAACCGAACAAAUACCAAGAAUAAAGUACUAAAAACACAAUAUUUAUUUCUUUUGUAAGUGAUGAUGGUUUAUUGCAAGAAUGGCCUUCGACAUGUGCAUUAUAAGAAAUUAACGAACUUCGCGAAGGCUUCCACGGCUUGUGUUAAUUUCUGAUGUGCACUUUCUCUGCCAUUAUCUCUUACAUAAUUAUCCAAAAAUGUCUCAAUUUCAUAUUGUUCAUUUUAUUUUAACAUAUUUUCUAGAGUUUCAUGAAGCUCAAUUUUGUUUGUUUUCCAUUAGACAUUUUCUUUCAUUGGACUUUCUCCGAAAAUUGACUGCUAAAAGGAGACACUGGUUAUUUGCCGUGGUGACACACACCUACAGAACACUUUAAUCUCCCAUCACAAAGUGUGCCUUUCUGCAAGCAUGUAAAGACAGAAGGUUUUGUACAGAACUUUGUAUUAUUUUUUGCUACAUGUUAUCUUCCUUUAAUAUGGCACAACUAAUAUUUUGACAAACAUUUUUAUUUACACAAAAAUGAGACCCAUGUGUGUUUGUAAAAAUUUGCCUUUUGUCUUUUUUUCUGAAGUUUUUGCAAAAGAGGAGAGAGGUGGACUCUGAACCAUAGGAACUGUGUGUAUACCCUGCCCUGUGGAGCAGACAAUGAUACCAUAUAUAUAUACAUUAAAAUAUAUGAUUCUCUUUUGAAAGAGGGAGGGAUGACAGCACGAUUUUAAAUCUUGUUUUUUAUUUGAGAAUCUUUUUUUUAUUCAUUUAUGUAUGAUCUCCAACGUCUCUUCAUCACAAUAUUUUUCUAUAUGUAAUUUAUUUUAAAAUUGUAUUAACAUU